GUAAAAGUAAUCUUAAAUAUAAAAGAGUUCGUUAAAUAAAAGUUAAAACGAAUGAAAGGUAUUGAAGGAUACCAAGAGGUAAAUUCAACAUUUCAAUAAAAAAUAUCAAAGUGCAUUAUUACUUAGGUAGGGUGAGUAAGACUAUUUACCGACUCAGUAAGAGUUAUACAUUACUAUGGACAGUGUGGUCCACAUUCUCUCUGGUCGUGUACGUCAUCACAGUCACAGUGUCAGUGAAUUAAACUGAAUUACACUGUGACUGUGAGUACUGUGACUGAUAUGAGUGACUGAUGACACUCACUCACUCUUACCCACUCACAGUAGGUCAGUGGGGUGAGUAGUCAGUAGUCACAGUGAAUGGUGAAGAUUACUGUACAGUGUAACUGGAGUCGAUUAAUUUAAUAAACCAAGAGGCUAUUUGGACCCUGCGACCAGCAGUGAGAGGUUGGGAUUAAAAAAUGUUUCAAAUAUUGUUGGGUUUGUGAGAUAAAAUUUGGUAUCGAAUGAAAGAUAAUUGAAUGGAAUAUACUAUAUGUUUGUAAAUUGAAUUCUUCAGUUUAGGCUAACUAAAACAACUACCACAAAUGACAUCCGAAUAGUAGCCUAUAGCAUUUUUCAUUGAGUCAAAAUGGACCCGGACACGCAUCUGCGCUAUUCAGACCCGGGUCCCUUUAACUUUAGACUAAAUGCUUUUGGAUGUCAUUUGUGGUAGUUUAUUUAUGUUAAAAUGAAGAAUUAAGUUUAUAAACAUAGGCCUAUAGUCCAUAUGAGCAAUUAUCUUUCAUUCUAUACCUUUUCUUGUCGUACAAACCCUACAAUAAUAUUUUAAAUAUUUUUUAAUAAACCCAACCUAUCUCACUUCUGAUACUGGGUCCGAAUAGUCGCAGCCUUUAAUAAACAAUACCCAUCUCUAAGAAGAGUGACUAAACUAAGACUAAGUUAUGACUGCUAAGUCAACUUCAACUGGAUAGGAUCCAGUUAAGGAUAUGGGCAUGCAUUGAUUGUGUUGAAAACACUUAUAGAACAGUAGCGAUGAAAUUACUGAAAUCUCAGUCCUAGACUGAACUAUAGUAUGAAGACUAUAGUCUGUAUUGUGAUGAUGGUUGAGUCCUUUUCAGCGCUUGUGAUUGUCCAUGCUAUGUUAGUAUGCUCACAGUGCUCUGAUUAUGUCCUAAAAUCAAUUUGAAGAAAAAAGGCUGAAAAAAAUGACUUUUUAUCAUUUUCAAUGGCCCUCAAAGAUUGUGAAAAGAGCACACUCUGCAUGACUUCUUUCUGUGUCCAUCCACACUGGGAAUUCUCAGUAAGGACUGUGUGUGUUGAAGAGCACAGGUUCUGUUUAGAUACAUGUUUAAAAAUCACUGUUUGAAGAUAUGCAGGUGCAAAGCCUUAAUACAGCUGUAGGCAAGGGACAGAAUUUUGUGGUCAAUGAGCGCUCUAACAGAAAGCCAGUGGAGAUCUUUAAGAACUGGGUUGAUGUGGUCAGAUUUCUUUAUACAUGAUGCAAUAAAUCAGUUACUAACAUGAUUAUGAAGUGAUUCCCCAUGUCAUUCAUUGUCUUUAACAUUUAGGUUAAUUUCUUAGGCUUUUACUUUUAUUAAAAGUUUUAAUAUUAUAAAUUAUAGUUAGGUUAGAUCAUGGAUAAUUUUGUAAAUAAAAUUAUUGUUAAUUGAUUAUGCCUAGAUGACUGAUGUCUUAUCAGAUUUCCAAUUAGGCCGUGAUUCACUUUUGGUUUAUAUUUUGAUAUAAUUUUAAUACAGUAAUAUAGGCCUAAUAUUAUCCUUUCCCCCACCCAACUGAAAAAAGACAUUAACCGACCGAGAAACAUAGAAGUGUAGACAACAGUAAUGAGAAGGCUUACAUUAAUGUAAAAAUAUCUGCUGUGAAUGUUUAAUUUUUAAAAUUGUCCUUCUUUAUUUCAGAUUCCUAUAGAACUAAAGUGCUAGAUUUUAAACAAAAUGGAGUUUGUUUUCAUAAAACCAUUACACUGCACAAGACUACUGAAAAAUAGAACAUUAUUAUGCAGGCAGUGUAGUGGUUUUGAAAUAAAGCAAAAAGAAUUUCAAUACAGUCAACGGUUAAGCAAACAGUUAACAAUAAUGUUAAAUAAAAGGGAAAGAUCGCUAAAUUUUAAAGUGAAUAAUUUAAGUUUUGCCAAAACUUUGCCCAUUAUUAAUCGACGACAAAAAGCUUUCCCAGUACAAACAAAAAUGGUGGGAAACCAAAAUCAUACAAACUUUCUGUGGUCUUCAAUGCAAAAAGCCUGCUCUAUAAGAUCUAGUCAUAAUAUUUUGGUCAAAAGUUUCUCAACUAGUACUGCAAGAUCUUCAUUAUCAGACACAGACAUUGCGAUGUCAACAUCCACAACUGUAUUACCAGACUCUGUCUCUGCACUAAUAGGAAGCAGCCCUGUGAAUCAACUUUUAUUUGAAGAAUUCCCAACUAUUUGUGGUGCAGAAAUUUUUUUACAAUACAUACAUGAAUUAACAGGUAUUUAAAAUUUUUUUUACAACUUUUCCUUUUAUCUUUUAGUUUGCAUGUUUUUUUUACAAAUAUAUCUGGGAAUGAAUACAGAACACAAAUAUAAAUUAAAUUCUUAUUUAAAAAUGCAUUUGUUUUCCUCCAUUGUCUUAACAUAUAUACACAAAUUUAAAAAAAUUCUUGAGACUACAUUUUAACCAAUCAUCAUUAACAAAUUAUUUUUCAACUCUCGAUGAUUGCUGCAAUGGAAAUUUAAGAGAUAAGGAUAUCUUUAUAUGUUGUUAUUGAUUACACUUUUCAGUAACAUCAGUAGGUGUUAAGUUUAUCAGUUAAAUAAAUUGUGAUAAGAUCAUUUUAAUGUAAAUUUCUAAUGUGUAUCUUAGGUUUGCCCUGGUGGUCAAAUAUUCUGCUAACAGCAUUUCUUAUGCGAGCUGUCCUUAUGCUGCCCCUGACUAUCCAUGUUAAUCACAACCAAGAUAAGCUACGAUGCCUUGCUCCAGAAAUAAAGGAAAAAGCACAAAUAAUUAAAAACGAAGUAAAGAAAUCUAUGACACAGUUUGGAUGGGACAAGAAGCGAGCAAUGAAAGAAUAUGAUAUACAUGUACGUUAUGUUCCCUAUUUAUGAUUCAUAUGUGUAAAAAAAUAUGGUCAUACAGUUUUCAAUUCAAGUUCCAUAGAUUCAACUACUUUAUUUUUUUAGUAGAAAUGACAUAAUCAUACAAUUAAUAAUUUGAUCAAGUUAUUAUUUUUUAGAUAGAUGAGUACCAGAAAGAACCUUUUUUUAUAAAAUUGUACAAUGGCACUAAAGAAUUAAAUGAACACAAAAAUAUGGAAUUUAAUUAAUAAACAAUCAUUUUUGAAAAUACUAUAUCUAAGAUAUUAAAACAUUUCUUUUCUAAACACUAAAAAACAUAAAUUUCACCAAGUAUUUAGCACUUUUGGUGUGCUUAUUCCCCCCCCCCCCUCCCCUCUCUUUCAAAACCAUUAAUCCCACUGAAAUAAAAUUUCAGACCCCAGAAUUUAGACCAUUUACUACAAACUCCCCAUCAGCACCCUAAUAUACUAGUACUAAACAAUUUUUUAAUUUAAAGUCUCUCGCACCUAUAUGACCUACUGGUAUGCUGUAGAUGUCAAAGAAUUCAGUGAAAGUUUAAAUUUCGCAAUUUAUAAAUUUAAAAAAAAAUUAGUUGAAAUUAUUUGAUUAUAAAUGUAUAAUGAUAUUAACUUCAUUUACUGCUUGUAGAUGUAGCUGUUGGUGAUAAAUUAUUUGCUAAUCUCAAAUCCUGUAGUGUUUUCUUAUAUGGGACUGAGUAUAAUUUUCACUGACUUACAUCAAAAGAAAAAUGAUGAGAAAAUGUAUCCUACAUCUUACAGCCUCAGUGCCACUGAGAAAAUGUACCUUACAUAUUACAGCUUUAGUGCUACUGAGAAAAUGUAUCCUACAUCUUACAGCCUCAGUGCCACUGAGAAAAUGUACCUUACAUAUUACAGCCUCAGUGCCACUGAGAAAAUGUACCUUACAUAUUACAGCCUUAGUGCUACUGAGAAAAUGUACCUUACAUAUUACAGCCUCAGUGCUACUGAAAAAAAUGUAUCCCACAUAUUACAGCCUUAGUGCUACUGAGAAAAUGUACCUUACAUAUUACAGCCUCAGUGCUACUGAAAAAAAUGUAUCCCACAUAUUACAGCCUUAGUGCUACUGAGAAAAUAUAUCCUACAUAUUACAGCCACAGUGCUACGGAGAAAAUCUAUCCCACAUAUUACAGCCACAGUGCUACUGAGAAAAUGUAUCCCACAUAUUACAGCCUUAGUGCUAAUGAGAAAAUAUAUCCUACAUAUUACAGCCACAGAGCUACUGAGAAAAUGUAUCCCACAUAUUACAGCCACAGUGCUACUGAGAAAAUGUAUCCUACAUAUUACAGCCACAGUGCUACUGAAAAAAAUGUAUCCCACAUAUUACAGCCUUAGUGCUACUGAGAAAAUAUAUCCUACAUAUUACAGCCACAGUACUACGGAGAAAAUGUAUCCCACAUAUUACAGCCACAGUGCUACUGAGAAAAUGUAUCCCACAUAUUACAGCCUUAGUGCUACUGAGAAAAUAUAUCCUACAUAUUACAGCCACAGUGCUACUGAGAAAAUGUAUCCCACAUAUUACAGCCACAGUGCUACUGAGAAAAUGUAUCCUACAUAUUACAGCCACAGUGCUACUGAGAAAAUGUAUCCUACAUAUUACAGCCACAGUGCUACUGAGAAAAUGUAUCCCACAUAUUACAGCCACAGUGCUACUGAGAAAAUGUAUCCCACAUAUUACAGCCACAGUGCUACUGAGAAAAUGUAUCCCACAUAUUACAGCCACAGUGCUACUGAGAAAAUGUAUCCCACAUAUUACAGCCACAGUGCUACUGAGAAAAUGUAUCCCACAUAUUACAGCCACAGUGCUACUGAGAAAAUGUAUCCUACAUAUUACAGCCACAGUGCUACUGAGAAAAUGUAUCCCACAUAUUACAGCCACAGUGCUACUGAGAAAAUGCAUCCUACAUAUUAAAGCCUCAGUGCUACAAUUAUGAGAAUUUCUAUACAUUAUUUAUUUUCAGAUUUUCCCUUAUUUCGCUGAAGAUCCUAAAUCAAAUAAGUUUAAACAAUGACUGCAUGUAUGAAAAACCAAACAGUAUUGAAGAAUUUGUAAGGCACUGGUAACUAAAUGUUCUAGGAUUGAAUUUUAGUUUUAAGGACUGACAUCUUGACGAUUUGUUGCCCAAUUAACAGCUGAGGUUUAUACAGCACUUCAAAAGAUAAACAAGUAAAAUGAUGUGACUGUUGAUCUCUAGAGAUUUGAAACCAAAAAAUUGAUUACAAAAUUCCUUUGAAAUAGUUGGCACAGGGACCUGAGACUUUUUCUCAACAUUGCAUUCAAAUGAUAAACAUGAUAUGAUUUGUUCAUGAACUUUUGAAUGAAAAUGUUUACUACAAAUUGUAAACCACACCAUAAGGGUGUAAAGGUGAAUUUGGGCUGGCAAUUCACAGUGUGACAUCUCAUAUUCAUAUGGAAUAGUUUUUUCUGAAGAUCUUAUUUUAUGUUGCAGGUGAAAAAAUUACUGAGAGGACUGUACACGAGAGACAACUGCCAUCCCAUGAAAAAUACGGCAAUCUUCUGGCUGCAGACACCAUUAUUCCUGAGUAUAUCUUAUGGAUUAAGGAACAUUGUCACUAGGGCUCAGAAUCCUGACAUGGGUAUGUGUCUAAUCUUUGAUGAUAUAACAGAUGCUACCAAAGUCCACACAGCUCAUGCAUAAAUUAAGAUUUGUAUUUAACACUAGUGAUUGAUUUGAUCAUUGCAUAUGGCAUUUCUCUUGUACGCAGAGAAUGAUGCAGAGUUUAUAGGUUUAGCUAAUGAAGGCUUUGCCUGGUUUGCUGACUUGACAUCUGUUGAUGCAACCUGGAUUCUACCCGUGACUGUUGGAUUGGUGACUUUGUUUAAUAUAGAGGUAUGUCAGGAAUUAGGAAUGACUAAAGUGUGAUACAUUGAUGUAUACAUUUAUAUAUUACAUAUCUAAGUAACAUUAUAGUUUAAUUAUUAUACAUUGGGCAAAGUUGUAACAUCAUUUCUUAGACAGACUUUGACAUAUUUAUAAACAUUAAUAGUACAUACGGUACUUAAUGGUCACUGUAGUCUUAAGUUUUAACAGUACCAUUGGAUGAUAGAAGUUUUACAGUACUGUUGGAUAAUAGAAGUUUUAACAGUACCGUUGGAUAAUAGAUGUUUUAACAGUACCAUUGGAUGAUAGAUGUUUUAACAAUACCAUUGGAUGAUAGAAGUUUUAAUGGUCCAUUGUAUGAUAGAUUUGUAAACAGUACCAUUGGAUGAUAGAAGUUCGUUUAAAAAGAUUUGUUUUUCCAGCCACAAAAAAAUUUCAGAAAUUUACCUUAACUAUAAUGUCUGUGACAGAUGGCCCACCUGGGUGUUCCCACAGUAACAACCUACAGAAAGUGGUUAACCAUUGCACUACGGAGUUCUUGUUUGCUCUUUAUAGUUAUAAGUGCCUCUGUUCCGUCGGUGAGUUGACCAGUAUAACAAUAAGUCAAUUCUUUGUUAUACUCCUUACACCUUGUCAACACUAAUGUGUUUCUUUGUUCUAUUAAUAGUUUAAACAUAUCUCUAUAAGACCAUGGUGUUAUAAAUUUUACAUCUAUUUAAAUUUCUUAAAACUCUCUAUUAAACGUUAGUAAUCUUAAAGAAAAGCUGAAGAUAAAACAGUGACAAUUGCUUCUUAGUUCUUUUACAACCUUGUAAAUACAUCUUAAACAAAUCAUUUUUGGCAACGAUUAUUGUAUAAGCCAUCUUAACAAUUUAGCAAAUUUUUUUCCUAUUUUUGAAAGCUAUUUUUUCCACAAGUACAUUACAUUAAUAAGAAUUUAUUAAUGUCUAGGUCAUAUUUUCCCACUGCAAUUUUUUUUAGGCCAUGGCACUCUACUGGGCUAGUUCUGGAACUUUAGCAGUCAUGCAAAAUUUGUUGUUUGAAUUCUCUCCAUUUCGUCGCACCUUUAAACUUCCUAAGUCUACCACUGAAAGCAACAACCCUCUGAGAAGCUUAGCACAGAGAGCAAAGGCCAAGUACUUUGAUAAGCAAUAAUGAGAUAUUUCUUUGGUUGACUACACAAUUGUCAUAGUAAUGCAGAUUUUUGUUUUAUACAAUUAAUGAUUUAAGAAAAAUAAGAGCAUACAUUUUAUAAAUGUAAUAAACUUGACUUGUUUUAUUCUUU